AACAUUAAUCGUUUUUAUGUAUAAAACUUGUUAUCUAUUUUGUGGCUUAACCUUACUUUACUAUCUAUGUAUCAUAGAAUUAUUAUUAUUUUGAGAGUUUAUAGUGAAUCACUGGUUAUCUGCCUUUAUAAAGUAUGUACGUAAAUACUUAAAAUCUUAUCUUUCGCUACAAACAAAAAUAAUAAAAUAAAUUGCGUUUAUUUGAUACAAAAUAUUUCCUCAGACGUCCAUAACACAUUUUUUGCUUAAUUAAAGAUGCCGCAUUAUAAUCAGAAACAUCAUCAUCAUCACCAUGGCCCUGGUAUGCCUCCAUUACCUUCAGCAGGAUUUCCAUCUGUAGGAGGAAGUGGCCCACCUCCAUUACCACAUAGUGCUUAUCCACCAAAUACCUACCCCGUUUUCACAAAUCCGCAUCCUCCUCCUCCCCCUCCACAUCAUGUUCCUUCACAACCACCCUAUUCUCAUCAUCAUCAUCAUCAUCCAGGUCAUGGAGUUUAUGUAGAACCUCCACCACCUUAUACACCCCACCAAAUGCCACAACCACACUACCCACCCAAUGUUCCUCAUCCUACGUGUCCCCCUCCACCAGUAGAUGUGGUUUAUAUUCAUGGAAAACCUAAAAAGAAUAAGAAAAAGUCCAAAGCAAAGAAAGCGUUGAUGAUUGCCGCUCCUGCGGUGGGUUUGGGACUUGCUGGAUACAUGAUUGGAAACGCAGUUGGAAGAAGAAACUCAUCAAGUAGCUCAAGUUCAAGUAGUAGCGAUUCAGAUUAAGAGAAACUAAAUAUAUUUGUGUAUUGGUAUUCAACUAUAUCUAAUAUUAAUAAAAUCUAAGAGUAAGGCUGUAUUUUACAAAUUGUUAUAAAAAAAUAUUCUUUAAUAAAUUUUAAAUUACCACA